UUCCGGUAUUCUGUACACGUGCGUACAACUUCCUUAAAUAUUUUUUUUUUUUCCUCACUAGAAACGGUUGGUUGGUGACGUCACGCUAAUAUACCGGGAGUGAUAACGUCAUGAAGAUCACACGACAGAAACAUGCCAAGAAAAUUUUAAGCUUUUACCGAUAUAAUUUCGGUUUCCGAGAGCCGUACCAGGUGCUGCUGGACGGUACAUUCUGUCAGGCGGCUCUGAAGAACAAGAUUCAGAUCAAAGAACAACUGCCCAAGUACCUGAUGGGAGAGGUGCAGCUGUGCACUACCCACUGCGUUAUAAAAGAGUUAGAAUCCUUGGGGAAGGAAUUGUAUGGAGCCAAAUUAAUCGCCCAAAGAUUUCAAGUGAGGAGUUGUUCUCAUUUCAAAAGUCCUGUCAGCGGCUCAGCAUGUCUUUUAUCCAUGACUGAAGACAACAACCCGCACCAUUAUUUCAUCGCAACGCAGGAUCGGGAUUUGGCAGCAAAAAUAAAGAAGAAGGCAGGAAUCCCUCUGAUGUUUAUAAUUCAGAACACUAUAGUGCUGGACAAACCGUCACCAAAAUCUCUGACCUAUAUCCAAGCCGCUCAGGUAGAUCAACUUGUGCCAGAGCAUCAGAAACAAAACAUUGAGACCCUAAAGGAUGAACAAGGGGUGGCAACCAUCCCUGAACGGAAAGGGAAGAAACGAAAAAGAAUUAGUGGCCCUAAUCCACUGAGCUGCAAGAAGAAAACGAAAAAAUCUGUACAGCCAACACCACCCGCUACUGAGAAAGCAAAACGAAAGAGGAAAAGGAAGCGAGGGAAGUCGGUUGAACAAGGGACUUUACAGAUAAUGUAGAAUUAUAGCAAUUGCAGCAGUUGAAAAUGGAGGUGAAUUAUUGCUUUUAUAUUUAAUAAAAAAUAUAUAUACAUAUUA